AGCCAGGGAUCUCCAUAAAAAUGGACUCCCAGGAAACCCUCCUAGUCCACGCGAAGGUCAGUGGCUCCCGACCUCGAGGCCCCAGGUAUGCGGAGGGGACUUUCAUCAGCGACUACAGUAUAGCCAUGGACAAGAUCCGCCAGCAAGACUUUGUGAACUGGCUGCUGGCGCAGAAGGGGAAGAAGAACGACUGGAAACACAACAUCACCCAGAGGGAGGCCGGGGCCCUGGAGCUGGCCCAUCAAUCUGACAGGAAGGAGGAGGAGAGGGAGCAGCAGGGCUCCCUUCCCAGGAACCCCAGUGAUGAAGACUUGCUCAGGGAUUUACUGAUUCGAGAGCUGCUGGCCUGGAUGGUGGAUCAGAUGGAAGUCUGCAGGCGCAGAUUUCAGUGACUCAGACCAAACCCAGCUCCGGCCCGGACUCUGCCCUUCGCUCACUCAGGACUCAGCUCCACUCCAGGGUACCCAAGAGAAGCCAAACCAAUAAAGUUUAAGCUGAAAUAAA